AUGGACGAAAAUCAAAUUAGAUUGAUGUUGGAAGAAGAAAAUUCUGAUUCUAACUAUGAAGAUGAAAACGAUAGUGAGGUAGAGGAUUUUGUUGAAAUACAAGAAGAUAGCUACAAUAGCGCGCAAGAGGAUAAUUCUGAGCAUGAGCAAGAGGGUCAAUCUGCAGAGGAGAGCAAUUCUCAAGUGGAGUCGGAAGAUCAUCAAACAUAUAUAAAUUAUUACCUCGGAAAAGACCGUCACACGAGGUGGAACAAAACUCCUGCGUCAAAUCCAGUAAGAAGAGUGCUAGGAAUAUCGUUACUCAACUUCUAG